AUGUUAAAUUUAUCUAUCUAUCUAACUCUCUCUCUCUCCCUCUCUAUCUUUCUUUCUCCCUCUCUAUAUUUUUUAUUCUUUUUCUUCUAUUCCAAACAAAUUUUCAUUCAUUCUCUUUUUCUUUAUAAAUCCACUCCUUACCUAUAUUUUUUCAUAUUUUUCAUACCUCAUUUAAAUGUUUUUAUUGAUUAUUUGAUUUUUUUACAGCCCAUUGCACCCGCAACAUGUUUUAUCAUUCGGCAUUUCCUUCGCUUACUGAUUAUUCAAUCAUUAAUUCAUUCUUCUUCUUCUUCUUCUUCUUCUUCUUCUUCUUCUUCUUCUUCUUCUUCUUCUUCAAGAUACCUCACGUACUUUCUUUUUCAUUCAUUCAUUCUUUUUUCUCGUCUUCUUUUGUUCUUCUUUUUCUUCUUUUUUAACAUGACUGACGACCCUUCUUCUUUAUUCAUUCUUAUUCUUCUCUUCUUUUUCCUUUUUUUGCUUAUUCUCCUUCAUUCAUUCAUUCUUCUUCGACGUACCUCACGCACCUUCUUCAUUCAUUCAUUCUUUUUCUUCUUUUGUUCAACAUGCCUCACGCCCCUAUUCAAUUAUUCAUUUUUCUACUUUGUCGUUUUCUUCUUCUUCUUCUUCUUCUUCUUCUUCUUCUUCUUCUUCUUCUUCUUCUUCUUCUUCUUCAACGUAGUUCUCACACUUUCUGCUAAAUUCAUUAUUUUUGUACUUGUUCUUUUCUUUUUCUUCUUAACCAUGCCUCCCGCUGUUUAUUCUUCAUUCAUUAAUUCUUCUUCUUUUCAACGUUCCGCACGCAAUUUCAUUCAUUCAUUUACUUAUUCUUCUUUUUCUUUUUUUUAUUCGUCUUUUUCUUCACACCAUUCGCUCUUUACUUCUCUUCCGCAAUUCAACUAUUCUUUCUUGUUUACUUAA